AACAGUGAUAGUCGAGUUUGAAUUUCCACGGACAUCGCGACUCGGACUUUCGACUCGAUUUGUUCCCGCGAUUUGUGCCGAAUGACAUCCCUUCCAUGAUGACCUCAUCUAGCGAUAGUAUAUCCGUCGCCGUGAGGGUGCGUCCGCCUAAAGAUGAAAACGACGUGGAAGAAUGGAUGGUUCAAGACCAGGUCAUCUACGCGGCUCGGCCGGAAUGCCAACAGAAUGUUUUCGCGUUCGAUCACAUACUAUCCCAAGAAAAAACGAAUGCCGAUGUUUACGACCAGGUCGUCCAUUCAAUAAUCACGUCAGUCAUGGCCGGUUAUCACGGGACGGUUUUCGCUUACGGACAAACAUCGUCCGGCAAAACUCACACAAUGAUGGGCAACGAUCAGGAUCCUGGAGUGAUAAAACGAGCCAUCGCUCAAAUAUUCGAUAACAUUCAUAAAGCGACCGAUCGAGAGUUUCUCAUCCGAAUCUCCUACCUGGAAAUCUACAACGAGCAAAUACGCGAUCUGCUGAACACCUCCAGCUCAGCCAACCUCCAGAUCAAAGGUCCCGACAUGGCGGUGGCCGGAUUGACAGAACAGGUUACGACGGAUGCAGAGCAGAUCUUCCACUACAUGACCGAAGGCGACAAGAACCGCCAUGUCGGUUGCACAAACAUGAACGAGAGAUCUUCUCGCUCGCACUCGAUUUUCCGAAUCACGAUCGAAUCAUCGAAUCGAAAUUCAGAAACGAAUAAAAGAGACGGGGUUCGGAUCUCGCAACUGAAUCUCGUCGAUCUCGCCGGUUCCGAACGAGCGACUCACACGGGAGCUACGGGUACGAGGCUCCGGGAAGGUUGCCAUAUAAAUACGUCACUGACGGCGCUCGGAAUCGUGAUCCGAAAAUUAUCGACCGGGGAAAAACACAUCAAUUUCCGCGACUCGAAGUUGACGAGAAUUCUGCAAAACUCCCUCGGAGGGAAUUCCCGCACCGCGAUCAUCUGUAACAUCUCUCCUUCGGAUUACGAGACGAGCUUGUCGACUCUGAGAUUCGGUUCCGAUGCGAAACGCAUCACGAACAAACCGGUGAUCAACCAGGUUUUGGCGGAAGAUGCCAGUCUGCUACGGAAACGAAACAAGGAGAUCGAGUCCCUCAAAGCGCUCAUCUCGAAAGUGGAAACAGGGAAAGAGCAGCAGCUCAAAGAGAAAGACGACACGAUUGACAAACUGCGGAAGAAAAUCGAGGGGCUGCAGAAACUCGCUAUCGGCGGAGAGCUGCCAUCAUCGGUCUCUGAUCGAAAUGCUUCAGCGAGUCGACGGACUGACACCCGUCGUAGAGAAACGUGGUGUCCAGGUCAAAUCGCUGCCACCGCCACGCCGGCGAAAUCGGCGAUGCUCGACCUCACGAGCGUCCACAACGACUCGUUCAUCGCGCGAUACGGCGCAUACAGAGAAGAGUUCGAUUUUUGCACUCCCGCGAGGCCCCGGAAACGGAAGAGCGAGGAGGCAUUCCCGAAGACCGAAGCGAAAACCACUCUGAGGGAAGAGGAUUCCACUCGGGAUGAGAACGCUCCUCCAAAUCUGCGGGAAGAGCUCGAGGAGGCUCGACUGGAGAUUGAAUCUCUGAGAGAGGAAUUGGAGUUUUUGCGUAAUGAGAAGGGCUUGUAUUGUGGCGGGUCGUGCACCCCAGCAGCGAAACGAGUUUGUCUCGACUCUAGAAACGCGGCUACCCCGAUUCCUGAAGCACGACCAGACCUCAGUCAGAUCCCUGAAGAGGAGAGCGAACUGGAAGAAGACAGUCCCUUCGGAACGAAGCUCAAGAUCAUGGCAACACCGCGUCAGAAAAUCCAAGGCAUGAGAUUGGAAAACCGAAUGCUCAAACGCACCCUCAUGGUAUCGAGCUCUUGCUCAACCCCUGCGCCGUCUGAGGACACGGUGAUGACCCUGUGCAACAGAUCGGUGCCCACGGCUCCUGAGGCGAAACCCGAAAUGUCUGAUGCUGCCUGCCAGUGCGAGGAGCUCAACCAUGACGAGGAAGAGAGAACCGACGCUGUUCCAGAAACCCACCGGAGAAUCCUCGUAGACGCUAGCACGUCGCCCGAGGCAACCAUAGAAAUCAGCUCGCCGGCGUUCGACACUCCGCUAAGGACACUUCAAAGAGUUUGCAGGGACUCGAUACCGCUGAUCGACCUCGACGCUAACUUCAUUGCCAAAGUCCUACAGGUGUCCAGGAGAGACGCCGAGACUUCGAUCUGUGGUUUGGCCCUGGACAUCGGAGAAGCGGAAACGACCGACGAAACGUUACGAGAUCAAACCGACCAGACCGAACUCGGAACUCAAACCGUCAUCGUCCCUUGUGAAACCGUCGAACGAAGUGAAGUAGAGGUUCAAACGGAUACGGAGCCUGUCAUGAGGAAGGCUGAAAAGGCCGAUGCUGAAAGUCAGGCCGAAGUGAGCACUUUUUGCUGCGAGAUACAGGCGAGCGUAGCAACUUCGGAUGCCGAGACCUCGGUCCCGAUCAUCGCGAGUGAGGAUGCAUCCACUCAGACAUCAGAUGGGAAGGUGUGUCCGACGGAUGUUGGUCGCGGACUGGACGCAAUAUUGGGUGAUUCUGAGAAAGACUGUCCGAAAGUCGUGAAAACCCACGAAGUUGGGGUUCAAGUUCGUUUCGAAGAACUGUGGGUCAUCAAGAUGAAGCUCGAACAAGAAAAAAUGGCGCGCGAAGAAGCUGAACAGAAAUUGGACGAUGUGUGGAAGGAACGGACUAAAGUCGUGAAUACAAACGACAAAUAUCUCGAAUACUUCAAAGCACAUGGGAUAGACCCGAUAAGCGUCAUCAAAGGCCAGGUCGCGGAUACAGUCGGCUCGAGGAAAGGCAACUGCGCCGCAGAUGAUGUGGAUGCGUUGAAGAAAAAAUACGAUGCUUUGAAGGAAUUCUGCUUCCGCCAUCCCGACAUAAAAGAACGUGUGCUGAAAGAUAAGGUCAUUGUGCGUCAUACGCCCCAGAGCAAGAAUCGUAUGAAAGAGAACGAUGCGAAAAUUCACAAGGAAACUGUGGCCGAAAGCGAAAACCUGGAACCGUCAACGUCCGGCAAUUCCAGACCCGGAGCCACUGACAGACCCUUGGCGGAGCUCCAAGAUAUGCAGCAAUUCAAAGGAACUAAAUACUUAGCCGAAGCAGACCCAGGCGAGUGUAAACCCUCGUGAGUGCUUUUGCAGAUAGGAGGUACCCACGUAGUGACUCCGCCAGACUCGUCGCCGCUUAGCGAUUCCGAUGAAGUCCGUUCAGCGGAAUCUCGAACUGGGAUGUAUAUACAAUUUGCUGGUUAAUAUAAGGCGAUGUGUUUGUACAGAGUAUGUAUAUCCAAGACGUGACGUGUAUAAAAUUGGAUUUAGU